CCGUUACGUUAGCGGCCACCGCCCAGGAUUAAUAGUGAUUAGCCCCGUCAGAUCCGCAUUGUGAGUAACGCAGCGCGUUGCGUCACCGCUACACAGGCAGUCAGUACACAGGGAGUGGCCACAACAGGUGCACCGUUUUAGUUCUUCUUCCGGAGUACACCUGAAGACUCACCUGUUCCUUAUUCUAAGACUUCUCGGAGAAAUCUUGAAGACUUGGACUACACCAACAACAACAAGAACCAAGAUCACCAUGUCGGAAGAAGGCUGUUGUUAUCGGUUCCCAGGAUGGACCCUCCUAGCGACUCUGCUGUGUAUUGCAGGCGCCGGCCUGUACUGUCCAACACUGUUCCUGGCUGUCACACAGACAAAGGACCUCUUCACGAUGGGAGGGAGACAAUCAUCAUAUGAGUUUGACCUGCUGGUUGAGGUUAUAAAGUGGGCGUCGGUCGGCCUGGCUGCCUGGAUGGGACUCAUGAGUCUGGUGUUCCUGUGUGUCGGCUGCAUGGCCAAAAAUGUCACCGACGUCAAGUCCUACGGGGGCUACUCCUCAAACGUGAGGGGAGGAAUCUGCAACGGAUUUACUAUAGUGAUCACCUACCUGUUGUUCCUGCUGUGGCUGGGGGUGUCGGGUUUCUCAGUUCUGCCCGUCUUCCUGUUCUACCUAACCUCCACGGCCGACAUCACCGUCAACGGGACGUCUGGAGACUGCAUCAACCUCAAGCAGUUUGGACUGGAUGUAUUGUUUGACGUGAAUGGAACAGCCACAACAGCAGCCCCUGGAACAACAACUGCUGCCCCCACCACUACAGCUGUUACUACAGCAGUAGGGGCCACCACUGCUGCUCCCAGCUGGAACUUCACUGUUCCCUGGGAGUACUGCGAAACAGACCUGAAAAGCUUCCAGGGAACUCAGGGGGAGCAGCUUUUCCUGUUCUAUGUUCUGGCCCUGGUUGGAGCACUUCUGAUUACUCUCAGCAUGGUGCAUUUCCUGAUGGCUCAGGCUGCCAACUUUGUCCACAUCAGGGAGUCACGGGAAGCCCUGAAGUACGAGGACACCAAGCAGAAGGAGGAGCAGGAACUCAACAUCAUCAUGAACUCACGACAAAACCUCGCUGGAAACUGGUAGUAAAGGAGGCAAAACCUGGCUGGUAUUAAUUAAAACUUAAGGAAAAUCCCUAUCAGUAUGGCAAACCAAAAGUUUGAAUUGGAAUUGAAAAUCAUUUUAGAUUUCAUCAGAAUCUAGGUUUAUAAAAAGGAUUUCAGAAUACAAAAAUAAACUUCUUUUCUGUUUAAGAGAGUUUUGGAUACUAAGAAAUCUGAGCAAGUAUGAUCUACCUUGGUCUAAUCUUCAAGAACUUUGGAAAAUAGCAAGGAGUUUCUAUUUGAAGCUCGUUGAAAAUAGUAAGGUGAAAUUUUAACAAAACCCCAAAAAGCAAAAUGGCUUGAAGCAAUUCUGUGAUCUAUAAUCCUAAUCAUGAUUACGAUGGACCUUUUCAGAGGAAUGUUUUAACAGAAUGUUCACUCAUAACUUUUACCUCAGAAUAUUUAAACUCUAUUUAACCUCCCCUAGAUGGACAUUUCUAAGUGUAUUCUAAUAUAAUCACAGUGUAUCAGUGUAAUCUAAUAACUAUAAGGUAAUGUAAUGUUGUUCUGCUAUGUAUUAUUGCGCCCUAGUGAUUUGACAAUAUGGAUGACAUCCUCUGGGGAUCCCAAAACAGAUGCGAGCAUGCGAUAAAAAAAGUCGGGAAAAAGAAAUCAAGCCUUUACCAGUAAUGUAAGAAUAUCUAAGUCUAUCAGUCUGGUAGCUUCCAGUCAUGUAAUGUUUUGAAGUGGAUUCUAUUGACAAUGUCGGUUGUACCUUUGAUCAAGCAGGGCUUGAUUACCAUUGUUUAUUAGUGCAUUUCAACUGGCCUGGUGCUGGUAGGCUUUAGUUU